GUUCCGUCAAAAUUAUUCAAGAUGGCGAGCUACGGUUCAGCAGAAGCUAUGGCAGUCGUCCCUGUUAUCGUUGUAACGGCCGUAUGGGUCAUUGUAGGUGGUGUUAUUCCUUUCUUUAUCAAAGGACAGAAUAAGAGGUAAUAGGGCAAGGGUAAAGUAGUCUUCAAGUUGCUAGAAUAAUGCUACUGAGCUUAAUGUAAUCUCAAUAUGUAGUUUUCUCGUACUCAGCGUACUUCAUGAAGGAGGUGAUAAUUUAAGAACACUUCUUUUUAACUGAUGGGGAGCGUGGAAAACAAGACUUGUUGACAAAAUUUUUUAAAAUAAGGUUGAGUUGCCUCUGAUAGAUUUUAUGUGGAUUUGAAGGCUAAACUGUCAUCAUCAUUUUUAUUUGAUAGAAACAAAAUGAAAAGCAGGUUGAGUUUGAUUGUCUGGGUGAACGUAGUCCUGAAUAGGACUUUUGUUGUUGACAGUGACUGACGUUUCGACAACCUAUACGGUAGUCCAGGCUGUUGAGUACCUGUGCGGUAGUCCAGGUUGUUGAGUACCUGUGUGGUAGUCCAGGUUGUUGAGUAUCUGUGCGGUAGUCCAGGUUGUCGGUACUUGAGCUAGCAAGUUAUACAUAUAAGGCUGCUUGAAAUACAGGGCUUGAAAUAAUUUUCCGGCUUGUCUGGAAAAUUUUCAACCAAUCAGAAGCUCUAUAUUUACCAAGGUCUAGGUAGUGAGACAUCAUCAGCAUCAAUAUGCGAUUUCUGCACUUGCGUCUCAGACAUCAAUAUGGGGGGAAACUGUUGGAUGCAUCGCAAAGUGUCAGCUGUUCUCUCUGGCUAUCCAGAGAGUUGAUCUGGCAGGGUAUUCAACCCACGCGACCUCCUGCUUAGCCAAUCAGAGCUUAUCCACUUAAGCAAACUGGGUGCAGGGUUUAACAAAAGUGCUGUCUGCCAGGAGCAACCUGUCAAGCAGCAUGGUUUAAAAAGAUACUCUAAAAGCAUUGACUCAACCUUGCUUGGAGGCAAGAUAAGAAAUGAGGAGGCAAUUAAUUCAUAAGGGGCCUCUUUGUAUGGGCCUGAAAGCCAUAGGGACCAUUUGAGAGAGGCCAGAAAACAGGGUUCGAAAUUAACUUUUGAACUAAGUUGCCCAUGUGGCAACCAUUUUUUCACUUCUAGGCGUCCAAGGUGAAAUCUAGGCAUCAAAUAAACUAAGGGACUACCAACUUGUAAUUUUGUUUAGGUUUAGACAAUUCUGCCUCUGCUCGAGUUUUCUUGCUUGCUGAAAGUUCUUCAGUCUCUUUUUCAGAAAAUGCGUUAGAUAGUUCCUUUCGUUUCCUUUGAACUUCUUUCUCGUUGUCUGAUGUGCGUAAAUACCACAACAAACUGUUCUGCUUUAGUGAGUCCGCCAUGAUUUUAAAAGAAGCACAUGGCAUGUACAUCCCGGAAUUUUCUUGGAGCUUUGGUGUUAGUCCUACUGCGCAGCAAAACAAGAUGGCGGACAAUUACUCCGAACACAUACGCUACGUACGUAUGAAUUGUAAAGAAAAGGAAAAGAAGUGAUAAUUUUUAAAGACUUAGUUUACCAUUUAUCAAGCAGAAAUACUGACUUAGGAUUAUAAUUUUCCAUUAUAAUGAUAAUUGUUCUUAUCUUAAGUUAGCGGGCAGUUUCUGUUAAUGGACAGCUAAAUUCUAGUCAUCCAAGGGGCAACCAUGUUCAGAGAUUUGGUCGUCAGGGUCAAAUUUUGGUCGUCUCUGACGACUGGAUGCCCGUUAAUUUCGAACCCUGGAAAAUUAGAAAAACUGCUGGCUAGCCAGGUUACACAGUAACCAUUGACUGCCUUUGGUACAUACAAUAGUCAGAAACUUAGCAUACCUUCCAUUUUAAAACUGGAAAAAGAUUAUAAUGUUACAAUUGCGCUCAUUUGCUAACCAUUAAUUAUUAUAUAGGUAAACCUUAAUAAAAACUGUAAGAUUGCUUAAAUUUUCAUCAUCUUAUUAGGAUGCUAAAUGUUGGCAAUGAACAGAAACAUACUAGUCUAUUAAAGCUACUAAAAACGAAUACUAAAAAAAUGCAAUAAUUAUAAAUAAUCUAAAGUGAAAAUUUCCAAAGAUGUGGGCAAUUAUAUGGUAAUUUCAAGGAAUCUUCCACAACCAAAGGCAAUACAAGCCAAAAACAUGGUCUAAAAGAUGCAUCCAGAAAUGACCAGUAUUUGCACUUUUUUCAUUCUUUGCUGUCGAACAUACGACAUUGUUUUUUCAUCACAUUGAACUUGUCAUUUGGUUUGUGCACCUCUUUUCUUCUAUAGAGCGAUGUUCCCCUAUCAGUAAUGAAAAAAUGAUAACAAUUAUUAUUAGUGCUAUGCAAGAUCAAGUAAUUAUUACCAGUUGUCAGACAGGCGGGAAACAUUUGCCAAGAUAAAGUGAAUGCUAGUGAAAAAGGGGUUUCUAUAUAUGAGUGGUUACGUUGUGUGAUUGGUUCAAGUGGUGAAUUUGAUAUGUUUGAGUAAUAUAAAGUGAAGACUCAUAUGAGUUGUACAUGUAUCACUUGCCAGGUCCUUCCUCUCAAUAACAUUGCUCACAAAUUCUUAAUGUCUCCAAUGAGAUGCCAUUUCACCAGUUGCACGACUUGUACAAGUCGUACCACUUGACAGGACCCCCCUUUCGACAACUUUGCUCACAAAUUCUAGGUGUCUCUAAUAAGAUGUGAGUCCAUCAAUUGCAUGUGCAAAUGAGAUGCAGUUUAACAAUGUGAUGCCUCAUAUUAGUGAAAACUGAUUCAGUGCAGGAUCAUGCUAUUUUAGAGUUCGGAUUAGCUUAGCCAUCAUGGUAUAUGAGCCAUUAUACCAGGCUCUCUAAAUAAUUAUGGUAACUGUACGGAUCUGUUCAAGAAUUAAAAACAAGCUGAAAAUCGGUUGUUUUUACAAAUAAAGUCAGGAAGAAUUCGCAAUAUUUUGCGGGUGUUUCUAAUAAAAAAAUUAUUCCACUUGCACUUGAUGGAAUGGUUAUAGCCAACUCAGUGCUAUGCGCCUCAUUGGAUAUCUACCACCUCAUAUCCAAUGUGCACUCGUGGAAUUAUCACUCUGAAGUAUCACCCAUUUACCACCCAUACUAAUCACAUGAAUUCAAAGGCUAAUCUCACCACUUUAUCACUUGUGCAAGUUGAAACACUCACAACAUGACUUUCUUGACUUGAAAAAGUGGUGAGUAUUGGACAGCCCUCAUACCUUGCAAAGCUUAGGGAAUAAGCUUCUCCCCCUCCUAAAAAAAGUAAAGAAAGAAUAAUCACUUGGGCAGGAUUCAAACCUGGGAUUGCUGGCAUGCAAGGCCAAUGUUAUUCUGCAAGCCCAUGAAGAACUACAUUGAGCCCAAUAAUAACAACAAAUCAGAAUUACAUAGUUUUCUGAUUGGCUUUGAAACAGUUGGUAUUUAGACAUUGUUUGAUAUAAAUUUGUCCGUGUCUGAAAAGAUUCUGCAUGCUCUCAGACGUGAGGACUAGACAGAUCAAAUAUUAAAGAUUAUCAUUCUGAAGCUGAAGAUUUGAAAACCACAUUAUAAAGGAAUACAACUCAUCCUAUGCCAGGCAGAGUUUCUGGCUUGUCUAACUACAAUUUAUUGUGGCUUGGUCCAAAAUAUUUCCCAGGGUACAAUGAUGUUUGUUACGAGCACAACUUCGAUUUUCAAUUUUUUCUUGUUCUUUAAAAAACAAAAAUUAUUUACCACCCUGGUUUAUGGGGAAAUGUGAUACUGGGAAGGAUAACAACAGACUUAUGCUUACUUUGUCAUUGCAGACUUAUACAGACCAUGCUUGUACUGACUGCUGUAUGCUGUUGGUUAUUGUAUCCUUUCAAAUUUUUAAGUUCAUGUUGAGUAUAAUAGAAUGCUUCAUGAAAGGUUCCCGUAUUGAGUAAAUUCUUUACACACUCUAGUUGUUGACAUUACAAAUCACACUCAGGUACUAAUUUUUGAGGUGACAGGGUGUUGGUGACAGCUGUGUAAGUGGCCUGGCUUUGAUAACUACUGUUACAGUAGGACUUUUUUUUCCUUAACUUGUAUGUAAGCUGGGUUUGUGCUUAUUUCUGUCAACUUAAUCCCCUUAUUGGACCAGAACUGUCAUUAGAAGCACUAAAGGCAGCUGUGAAGGAAUGGGGAGGCAGAACUGUAUAGGAAAAUAUUUCAAUCAUGUAACAAAAAAAGUAAGUACAUGACUUUUGCACUUUAGUUCAAUAAAUUAGCAUCCUUGUAUAAGGUAACAGAGGAUAUGGAAGGGGGUUUUGAAUACAACCAUCUGCAGCCUUAAGCAAGUCCACUGAGUUUCAGUUCACGUGACGGUGGUCCUGAUCGGUAUUGUUAAUGACAAUAACUGAUGAUGUUGCAGCCACCUUCAACUCAGUCCACUUUUUUAUAUAAAUCUAGUCAGGAUGACCAGAUUAAGUUAAGCCUUUAAGCCCCAGUAUCCACGAGCAAAUUCUCUAGACUGAUGCCCCACACCACUGGUAUCCACGAGCCUGACCUUUAUUUUAAACUCAAAAAUGCAUACAUAUCAUAACCUUAGAAAGGUGAUGCUACAAAUUGCAUUUAACAGCAUACAAAACUGAAAUCAUAGGGUUUGUUAAGAGAAUUUAGUCACAUGAUGUGAUUUUCCAAAGCAUUUUUCUCACACACCACUGGUAGCCAUGCCAAGCCGACCGCCGCAACGCACAAAGCAUACAGCGGCAAACAAAAUACAAUCUCAGAGUCCUAGAACUAGAAAAACAACCAUAGCAUAACAGGAACAGAAAAUAAACUGCCCGACUGAAUUACAACGGAAUGGAAAAAAUGAGCUAGGUAUCAUGUUCGACUUGUCUGGACACAGUUCAUGCUAAAUGUUCACCCCAAUACGGGAACGCCUAAAGUCUGGUAAAUAUGAACAAGGUGGAAAUUAAGCCGUAAUUGCCUAAUCAGUUCUCAAGCCUGAAUUGUCUUAGUAACUGUUAACAGUGACUCCGUGGACUCCUGAAUGUAAUUGUUUUUAGACCUCUCACUACUCCAUCCCCCUUGCCUCUGGAAUAGUCGAUCAGGUACACCAAGGGCUGCUGCUGCUGAUGCUCCUCCGGCCCUAAGACUGUGGACUCCAUACAGCUUAGGAUCCAACUCUUCCUUUUGAAGCUCACGCUUUAUCAGCUCAUUUGCUCGACUGUAUGACAUGGGCUCCUUUCUGAGUUCCAUCUUCUUCUCAGUAUGCAGAAUCCGGCGAAAUAGCCUUGAAUUCUUCACAUGACUGCCAACUUUCAAAAAUUUUUCAACUACCGCAACCGGGCAAGGAGAUGAACUACAGCGUGCCACAAAGACCCAAGAUCCAUCCCGGAACUGGUCGUUCUUCCGCUGAACAAGGAAAAUAGCAAGAUGUGUAUCCGCAAACUGAAGAUUGUCAACAGUCAGUCUACUAAGAUCAUCCCAGCGCAGGAAUCCAAAGAAUCCCAAUGCAAACAAUGUAGCAACUUGAAUAUCAACUAAAUUACCAUGUUCAAGCCUACUGAUGACUCUCUUGACCAGACUGACAUCCAAAGCCUUUUUCCGAUUAGGUGGUUUCGCUAAAAUUCUUCUACCGGCUUCAGCUACUUGCCGAAUUAAAGGGUGCUCGUUCAGCUCCUGGUAGCCACUCUUCUUGUGGACCCAGCUUGCUCCAUAUAUAGCAGUGUUAAGCAGUGAGACUGAACUGCCCUGUUGGAUGAGAUGUACCAAAUACAGGGCAAAGACACCAGGAUCAGCUGGUAAGGCAGUUGCACUACACUUCGCAGCCCACUUCUUCCACGUUUGAUAUGCCCGAACAUACGAACUGACUGUCUUAGGUGCUCUAUCCUGGACCAAAACACUUGACAGAGAUUUGGCAAGCUGUGUAAGUGUAGGAUGGUUCACCAUCUCCUCACGCAACCAAACAGACAGGUCCACUUCCCUCUGUACAGACUCAGGCACUGCAAUUAAAUAAAGUGACUUCCUCAGCAAACAAUAAAAUAUUGCGCUGGCAAAUGACAGGAGAAAAACAACAAACGGUAUUUCCAAACUAUUUCUGCCACAAGGUACCGCAAGGCCAACACGGCAACACUUUGCCAAUGGAGAAAUGCAAUGUCAGUAGAAUGAAAUACCCCUAUAGCCAACACAGCUUGGGGUAAACUGCCAUGACAGCAACAAACUGACAAGCCAAAACAGCAAUGACAAUAAUUAAUCAUCAUAACGCCAUGACAGCAAUGACAAACUGACAAGCCAAAAAAUAACAGAAUAUGCAAUGAACAAUAAUUAAUCAUCAUAACAUGAAAACAGCACAGAGUUAAAUAAAUAUGUUGCAAUCCUGCUAAAAAAUUCAUAGCACCAGUAACGAAGCCCUUCCAAGAUCCAUUCAUAUCAACCAGACUGUACUAAAAAUAGCUGACAUGUGCUUCAGUACACGUGGAAUGAAAUAAGGGGGAGGAAAGAGCCAUGACAUUCAUCAACUGAUUCCAACAGGCCAAAAACAGCCCCAUACUUAGGAAUGUCCACUGUCAUAAACCUUGACAUUUCAAAUAAAAAAUAACAAUGAAUAUGCCACCACAGCGAAAAUAAAUAAUCCCCCAGCCUAAUACACUGUAACAUCGCCUUGUCCACUAGAAUAGGUAAGAACAACCAAAUUGAUACCCACUGCAAUCCCCUGACAGUCACUGGGCCAACAUGCCAAAAUGGAUCAGUCCAGAGACGCACAACAGGACCCAGGGCAAGACCCAUAGGAACCUAAAAAAGGCAUCUAGAUAAAGCGCUUCUCUGAGAGCUAAAAUUAGGAAGGACGGACCCACUGGCUUUUCUCCUCGUUGGCGAUGAACCCACUGAAUAUGUUGCACAGGAACUUGCAGAUCCUUAUAGUGUUUGACAAGUGCUCUUUGAAUGUAAAAUGAAAAUAUCUAAGCUGAUCCUUGUAGAAUAAAGAAAAACCAAGGAAUUGGCAAUGUUGUGGAAAAAUCUCUAUGUGGUGGUAGCCACUUUUAUAAUCAAAUUUGAAGAACCAGUCACCCUUCGAAAACAAACCUGCAGCAGUUCGAAUGUCCUCAUACUUGAACUUACAUGACCGCAAGUGUUUGUUUACAUAACGCAAAGUCCAGUCAGGAACAGCGAUGACCAUUCAGUUCCUUUGCCCGUAACUGAAGCUCGGCACUCACGCGCGAAAUGGCCGGUUCGGAAGCAGCGAAAACAAGUUUGCUGUGAUUAACUGUUAAUGUUUGUUACCUUUAAGCCCCAGUAUCCACGAGCAAAUUCUCUAGAUGAUGCUCAUAUAUUUUCUGAAAGGAUUUGUUAAGAGAAUUUAAUAUGUGAUCAAAGCAUUUUCCCGUACCAUGGUAUUUUGCAGAAUGCUGAAUGACUCUGAAGUUUAGUGAUUAGGGUUAGGAAACUGAGUGAAUCAGGCUCCAUUUAGAGUCAUUAUCCUGGGAAAACUGACCUGUAACUUGAUUCACUCAGUUUCCUAACCCUAAUCGAUCGAUAAACUUCAGGAGUCAUUCAGCAUUGUCGUUCGGCAUUCUGCAAAAUACCUUUGCUGAUUUUCCCAUUGGUGAUAAUUUUAUUUAUUCUCGUCAGGUUUUCUCUUGAUACUACGUAUGGGUAAUGUUGGGAGGAAAUUCAUUUUGGUCACUUGUGGGACUUAGAAAGGGUUUUAAAAAAGUAGGAGACCAUUGACAUACAGGUAGUGGCAUGUAAGAAGAUUUCCCCAUCCCAACCAGCCAUAAGGUAGCACAUGUUUAUAACUUGAUUAAGCUCCUUGGGUUGCACAUGUGUUUAUACUUAAUCUUGGACUUCUCAGACCUCUGUCAGACCGCACAUUUUCUUUUGUCUGUUGGCUAUUACUGUGAAACGUGGGUCUCAGAAACACAAUAAAUAUUCUGGAAUGCUACUGCGUUACAAGGAAAAAGCCAAUUAGGAGUGGGAAACUCUUUAAACCACAAUUAUCAAUGGUGAUUAGUAUUUUGUUGCUUGCUCGCAUGUUCUGAUCUAUUUUUUUCUUAUUAUGAUACACUAUAGCACAUUCAACAAGCAGUCAUGAAAUAUUGCAGUUGUUCAUGGAUGUCUAAGUUUGGCAGUAAUGUCAGUAGGGGUAUAUAAUUAUUAUUUAAAACAUUACCUUUUGCUUAUGAUGACAGUUUUUUACUGUUAUGUUUCUCUUUCUGCAGGAAGGAUACUGAAAUAUGGAUUACACAUGUAACUUCUCUAAAUUAUCGUUGGCACAGACAGCUGAAAAAUGAGUAGUCAAGUGCAAUAAUGAAUAUGACCCACAUAUUGUUAUUACUUCUGUCAGCAAGUAGCAGCAAUACUUUGCCUACCCUGCAAGCAGAGGUUUCUCUCUUGAAGCCAUUAAGACAGACAAGCCACAGGAAUGACUUCGUAAACGCUAUAAAAAGCCAUGCAAGUGAGAAACGUCUGUUCGCAGCGUAUUCUUUGCCUAAUUUUUAUGUCUUACAGGAUCAUACUUGACUUGUUAUCCAAUCU